AUGACGCAGCUCUUCAGCUCGUCGAACUCGACGCUCACCGAGAAGCGGACUUUCUCCGGCCUGCCGCUCUCCUCCAACAAGCAGGUCGGCGGCUCCAACAGCCAGGUCUCUCAGAAGAUCAAGAACUUCUUCCGCAUCAACAGCUCCGGCAACAAUGACGCCAAGGACCGCAAGCACUCCGACGACGCCUCCACCUCCGGCACCCCCAAGAACGACUCCAAGUCCAGCUUCCGCCAGUCUCGAUUCCUCCCUCACAUCAGUCGCAACCGAUCCCAGACCGUUGCCAGCGAGGGCAACCCCUUGGACGACGGUGUCUCCCCCACCGCCCACGCCAACCCAUACUUCGUCCACCAAGGCCAGCCGGCCCUGCGACACCACAACGAAGGUAGCGUCCCUCCCUCUCCGACGGCCACUCCGCCCAUCCUGACAACAAAUGUCACAGCUGCUGUGAGCGGUGCCAAUGACCAGGCCACCACGGCUGGAAAGGAAGAACUCGCAAGAAAGUUGCGCAGGGUGGCAUCGGCCCCCAACGCACAGGGCUUGUUUGCAGCUGGCAAGAACACGGAGAGGCCCCAGACUGCUGAGCUUGGAAAGGAGCCAUUGGUGCAACACGGCAACUCGUCGACACUUAGUAUGGUCGAGACCUUGCCCCCCGACCCGGACCAUCUCCUUCCGCUCGACUCUACCAAGACCAUACCGACUCCAGGUCAGAUCCGCAACUCUGUUGCUUUCCGCAGGACAUACAGCUCCAAUUCGAUCAAGGUUCGGAAUGUGGAGGUCGGACCCGGCAGCUUUGACAAGAUCAAGUUGAUCGGAAAGGGCGAUGUUGGAAAGGUAUAUCUGGUCAGAGAGAAGAAGUCAAGUCGGUUAUACGCCAUGAAGGUGCUGAGCAAGAAGGAAAUGAUCAAGCGUAACAAGAUCAAGCGUGCUCUUGCGGAGCAAGAAAUUCUCGCAACAAGCAACCACCCGUUCAUUGUUACCUUGUACCACUCGUUUCAAUCCGAGGAACAUCUCUACCUCUGCAUGGAAUACUGCAGUGGUGGUGAAUUCUUCAGGGCGUUACAAACCCGACCGAAUAAGUGUGUAGAUGAGGACGCAGCGAGAUUCUAUGCUGCCGAAGUGACGGCUGCCCUCGAGUACCUUCAUCUUAUGGGUUUCAUCUACCGAGACUUGAAGCCAGAGAAUAUCUUGCUUCACCAAUCUGGCCAUAUCAUGUUGUCAGACUUCGACUUGUCAAAGCAGUCCGAUCCCGGAGGUCGCCCGACCAUGAUUGUUGGCCGCAACGGAGCUUCGUCAAGUAACCUACCCACGAUCGACACAAAAUCUUGUAUAGCGAAUUUCCGGACCAAUUCGUUCGUCGGUACCGAGGAGUACAUUGCCCCAGAAGUCAUCAAAGGUUGUGGACAUACCAGUGCAGUUGAUUGGUGGACAUUAGGUAUCUUGAUCUACGAGAUGCUUUACGGAACCACCCCAUUCAAGGGCAAGAAUCGAAAUGCAACCUUUGCAAACAUUCUCCGCGACGAAGUUCCUUUCCCAGAAGGCUCUGGGGUGACAUCGGUUUCAAACCUUUGCAAAUCAAUCGUUCGAAAGUUGCUCAUCAAAGACGAACUUCGCCGUCUUGGGUCCCGCGCAGGUGCAUCCGAUGUCAAGACCCAUCCGUUCUUCCGCACAACGCAAUGGGCAUUGCUCCGUCAUUCGAAGCCCCCAAUCAUCCCCAACCAAGGUCGCGGAAUAGAGACACCCAACUUUAGGAAUGUUAAAGAGAGCCAGAGCGUAGACAUAAGCGCAGCGAAGGCCAAAGGAGUCCCGCUUGAUUCAGGACUCGCCACACCCAUGGGUGAGGUCGCUGAUCCUUUCGAAGAAUUCAACAGUGUAACCCUCCAUCACGAUGGCGAUGACCAUAGCCAACCUGAAGCCGAGCAUGGAAUCGAAAUGCACACGAAUUCUCAUCGCUAG